AUGACUAGCAUCCCCAGCGAUUAUAAUCUCUCAGUCCUACUUCCAACGCAUUCUUACGGCGACUACCCAACCCAAUGCAUGUCCACCCUCAUCGCCGGUGAUAUCCUCAAAUAUCAAACUCCCAUCGGCGGCAUUUACCAACCCACAAGUUUGACAGUUAGCUCAACACUACUUGUACACGGAGAACAUAAAAACGGAUGGAAUAUCGAUGAUGCCGUAUUCACUUCCAUGAUGGGCUCUUCACAAACCCCAUCAAAAACAGCAACAACAACCUCAUCUAUCACCACAACCUCCUCUACAGCCUCCUCCACAAACAGCGUAUACACGACAACAAUCAACAGAGAAUCAGGAGCUGCAAUCACCACAAAAACAUUACAAUCAGCCACCCUAUCCUCUUCCCCCUCAGACGCCCAAUCAUCCUCAUCCUCAACCUCACUUACCAGCCCUAAACCCAACAGCAAUUCUACUGCACUUGCGGCCGGAGUAGGUAUCGCUACCGCCGUCAUAAUUCUCGGUCUUGCAGCUGCUGUAUUCCUCUUAAAUACAACGCCGAAAAAAGCAUACACACAACGCGACACAAGAAAUCGAUUGGAAAGAAAUUUAUGCCUCUCCAUCAUUAUUUUGUCGUGGACACGCUGCGAACGAGUUGUCGAAUGA